CAGGUGCCUACGGAAUCAAAUUUGUAUUGACCCAGGACGCUACCGACGCUUCUCAGUUCAAUGGAUGAGAAAUCUAAAACUAUGCGCAGGAUGCCGCGCUUCCUGGCCAUUUUAGUCGUUCUCUGACAUAAUGCUCACAAAGAUAAAUGGACCACGUCCAGUCGAGGCCUGACUCAACGUAGAGACGGGACAUUCCGACGAACCAAACCUCAGGCGAUCUGUCGAUUUGUUAGCAGCACACCAGAGAGCCUUAUAGCCGGCCGGGGAGCUCUUGCGCACAUCGCAGUUUCGAUGGAUCAAAGAUAUCUCCUUGCUCUUCCACUUGCAGUGUUCUUGUACGGGCUUUCUCUCAAGCAUCGUAAGAUACCACGCGAGCAAUUGCCUCCAGAGGUCGAAAUUCCUCCGGAAGAGAUUUUCUCUCGACCAAAAGAGGCAUACAAAGCAGCCUUGCAAGCAUAUGGCCCUGUGAUUGCUGUCAGACGUAAAGGCAACCUCGAAUACAUCGUCGGCCCCAAGUUUUCUAGGCAUGUCCUCACAUGCGAUCACUUGUUCAGCUUUGAACAAGGUUCAGCAGCGAUCAUGAAUCUCCAGCCUAUCAUGGCGUUGACGAAGGGAUCACUAUUCCGUGAUCUCAACGACUUCGUUCGGGAAGGCAUAAUUGACCACAUUGACGAGAUCAUUAAUAAAAUCUUUCCGAUCUAUGACCGCGACGGGAAGGCUUUCAUGGACCUAGUCAGUCAGGUAUCGAAAAUUGGUGUCCGGCCAGACUCGUUCUUGCACUCUCGCGAUACAAUUUCAGAGACGACGCUCAUUUUGCUUCUGGGCCAAGAAUACGUCACCCGGCGGAACAUGGACAUUAUCGAGAACGUAUCGAACGGCAUGGCAGAGCUCACCGGUCAAUAUCAGAACUUCUCAUUCCUGGGAAAAUAUUUUCCCUGGUUUUGGGUACUGUUCACAUGGGUCAAUGUGAUUCUGGUCAAGAUACCGUUCGGCUUCUUGCGUCCGCUGGGGCCCAAGCUAUGGGAAGAUGUGAAUCGAUAUGAAUUGAUCGCGUCAUCCGGCAUCUCCCCGAAGGAUGAGCCCAGAAACGUCUUGUAUCACAUCGUAAAAACAUAUAGCACGCCGGAAAGGCAACAUAUUGGUGUUUUUCGUCGCAUCUACAUUGGAGUCCUGCUAUUGUGUCUGAUAUUUGCCUCGGUUCAUACCACCACGGUGGUCUCGCAAUGGGUGCUCUUCCAACUUGCUGUGCAUCCGGAGUGUCUAGGCCCUAUCCGGGAAGAACUCCUUCGCAUUCGCGAAGAAGAUGAGACGGGCGCACUGCGUUUUACAGCCGCCUCCCUGAGGGAAGCUCAUUUGCUGGACUCUUUCGUCCGCGAGGUCAUGCGCCUCAAGGGAGAUACCAUUUCCACGAUGAGAUAUACCACUUGCGAUGCACCAUUAGGCGACUACAUCAUCCCAAAGGGUUCUUUUAUCACGCCAAUGUCUUGCACGGUACAUGAGAAUCCCGAAGUGUUCGGCGACGAGCCAAUGGGAUUCAACGGCUUCCAAUGGGCGGAACAGAACAAAGACGCAGCCAUGACGGGUUCGGCACACAUCGUGUUUGGGCUUGGCCGGUUCGCCUGCCCCGGGAGAGUUCUAGCUGUCUUCUAUGGCACAGAAAUCAAGCUGAUCGUACUAUGCCUCAUUGGUCGUGCAACCCCAAGCCUGCUGGAAGGCCGUUUCGAAGUUACAGAUCCCCUCAAUACCGUGACCCAACCUCCUAAGGGAACCUUGGUCUUCACGCCUUUGGAGCAACCCCUUCUGUGA